ACGUCGGUUUAUAUGGUCCUGCAGAUAGAACGAAUUCUAACAUUUAUGGUGUCUUGCCUUACGUUGCACCUGAGGUAUUAAGAGGUAAUAGUUGUACACAAGCAUCAGACAUAUAUAGCUUUGGUUUUAUAAUGUGGACUUUAUCAGAAUGCGAACGCCCAUUUUGUAAAGAUCCUCAUGACCUUGAUCUUGCAACACGCAUAUGUAAUGGUUUACGACCAGAAAUCGUUACUGAUACUCCGGAAGUAUACUUAUCUCUAAUGAAAAUAUGCUGGCAUCAAAAUCCCGAAAAACGUCCUAAUAUUGUAGAACUAUGUGGGAUGUUAGAUAGCUGGGCAACGGAUAUACAACAUAAUCCUACUUCGAUGAUUUCACGACAAUUUCGAGGCGCUAAUAGGGAAAGAUCCGUAUUCGAGAAUCGAACUAUUGACUCUAUGGCAAUAUACAAGAGUCGAUUAUUAAACUUUCAAUCCCUUCACGUUACACGAUGA